AUGGGUUGGUGGUGGAACACCUCUUUGAACCCGGAGAAACUCCCGGCACAAACUCCUUCGCCUGCCCCGACGGAGGACUCUAAGCUCACUCCUUCUGCCCACCUUAAACCCUCCAGUCGCGAUGAACCCGCCGAAGCAGAGCUUCAAGCUUUCUUAAGGGGCGUCGAAGAUGGGAAUAAUAAUCCACAAUCCUCACAUUCGCCGCCAUCAUCAUUAUCAACAACACUGCCCACCCCCAACCUAACCUCAACAAAUACACCUUCUACUCUCUCGCCUUCUUCCACCUCUAAUGCAGAAACAUCCGAAACAUCUUCAAACAUAUCCCCUGAAUUUCUCUAUCCAACAACCAUGUCCUGCCGAUCUGCAUUCGAUUAUGCUUUCUUCUGCCAGUCGUUUGGUGGUCAGUGGGUCAACGUAUACCGGUACGGCGAGCUGCGCUCUUGUAGCGAGCACUGGUCUGAUUUCUGGUUUUGCAUGCGUACCCGCUCGUAUCCCGAUGAGGAGAAAGCAAAAAUGAUCGCUGACCGCUACCGAAAGAAAGCUGUCAAGUAUAAGACUGGCCCUAGUAGCGAGGAUGUAUGGGAUGUCAGGACGGAGCCCGUGAGGGAUGCAUUUCAAGGGGAUCUGAGAGCGGUGGAACAGGAAAUGAUGAGAGCUGCUAUGGAAAGGGAGAAGGCUGCAAAGGAGCUUUGA